GUCCACAGCCUGAAAAUACGCCCACCGCAACUCGAAUUGCUUUGCCAGCCCCUUGUGCUGUACCUCCAAUCACCGCGUAAAUGAGUGGCUCAAGCUUGUACUAUGGAACGGCUGGAGAUGUCGACAUCCAUUACGAUGUCGAGCUCGAUGAUGACCCACACAUGUCGUUAACGUCCCAGACCUUGAAUGCUGACGGAACGCCAAAGCGGCCCAUGAACGCGUUCAUGAUAUUUGCACGCAAGCGACGGCCAGAGAUCUCUGCCGCUAACCAGAUGAUGAGGACUGGAGACGUCAGCAAGAUUCUGAGCAAGGAGUGGAACGCAAUGUCUAUGUCUGAGAAGAAGUUUUACCUGGACCAGGCAAAGAAGCUGAAGGACAACUUCAACUCGAAAUACCCAGACUACGUCUACCGCCGACGCCCGAACAACUCGCGCAAGAAGCGCAAGUCAGACGCUGGACACGAGGCGGAGUCGCCUGAGUACUCGCCUGGUGUCGACAAGGCGGACCCCUCCAUCGACGAGAUAUCUCCCAUCAGCUCUGACGAGCUCACAAUCAGGUCUCCUGUCCACGCACAUCACUCUCAAUCACAAUCGCCCGACCAUUCCAUUGCUUUCAGUUCCGGCACCGAAGGGAGUGUCUCGCCGCGGUCAUCUCUGCAGUAUCCCCACAAUAUACCAUCGGGGGUAGGCCGGUAUGAGGACGCACUGUCCUACCCAGAUUACCCUGCCGCGGCCUCGCCAGUGACCACAUAUCCUUCGCAUACACAGCACGCGCAUCACCUCGCCAAUUCGUCAUGGGCGAAUCGGGUCGAGCAGAGCAGACCCGACUGGCCGUCGGUACCCGGUUUGGACUCUGAGGCUACUCGACAGAGAAUUUCCGACGCAUGCUAUCCGUCUGACUUUAGGUCGGAAGCUUAUACAUCGCAGCUUGGACAACGCUCAUGGUCCACGGUCGGUCAGCCCAUCUCGUCGACUUCCGCUCCUGCUAUGACAUCCCGCUACGCCAACGCUGACUUCCCAACCCUAACAUCGGCUUUCACGUUCGACCAGCCGUCGUCACAACGCACAUCCUCCAUGCUAUCAUCGCCUACAUCUGUACCAGUUACGCAACACGAGUAUACGUCGUCAAUGCGUAUGGAUCGUGCCCAUGACCAGAACGACCGACGCGGUGACAUGUAUCGUGGUCUCACCCAUUCCAAUACCCUACCCUUGCCCGGCAAUGGCCACUACGUUGCAUCGCCUGGCGCCCCUUACCAGUGGCAACAGCAAAAUCGCCCAGUACCCACAACGCAGUCGCUACAGACAGGGGGCACAGUGCUUGCCUCGUCUGAGACCGCGUACCUGCCUCAGCCUGGCUCCAACCCGCAUGCCUACUGGGAUCGUGGCAGGUUCGACGCCCGAUGAACGUUCGAUUAAUAGAUGUGUACACAUUGUUUUUGACAUCGCUGUACGCUUGACGACGAAAUAAAUACAAUCACAUUGAUAAUGUC